AUGACCCUUGCUUUGUCUCUAAAACCCCGCGGGCGGGCCCGGCUGCAGCUCGCCAGGCUUCUUUCCGGGGCCGCGGGCCUGGCGGGCGGGUCCCUGCGCAGCGGGGCCCGGCGCAAGCCGCGGCGGCGGCAGCAGGCCCCCCGCGCAGCCCCACGCCGCUCUCGCCCCCAGCCCCGCCGGCGCCGUGCUCGGCGCAGCCCGGCAGAGCAACACCCUGCCCCCCGGGACGGGACAGGCCCGCCCCCGCCCCCCCCCCAGCAUGCCCGGGCCGGGCGAGCCAGGCCCCAGGGAGACGAGCGCGCCCCCGCCGCCGGGAGCGAGCGGCCCCGUGCGCGUGUCCGACAGCAACAGCGGCGCGGGAAGGGGCCGCCCCGCGGCUGGGGGAGGGGGUGGGCGCGCGUGGGCGCGCCCCUCCUCUCACGGGAGGCCAACGGGCCUCGCGCGGGCACAGGGUGUCUCGGGUCGCCGCGCGCUCCCGGCAGCGCCACACAACAAACGGGCCCGCGCCGGACUCCUCGGGCCCGCGCCUCCCCGUCGGGGCCGCGCCGCCCCCGGAACCACCGCCGCCGCCUCCCCCCGCGUGAGGGGAGGCCGCGCCCGGCCCAGCCGCCGCAGCCCACGUCCCCCGGCCCGGCAAACCCCGCUCCGCCGCCGCUCGGCCCAGCCCGGCCCCGCCUCACCCUGGCCCCGCCGCCGCCUCGCUCCGCCACCGCCUCGGCCCGACUCUUUUCCCCUCACAGCUCCCUGGGCGCCAUCUUACAUUCAACCCCCCGCAGCCAAUCAGCGCUCAGCCCCGGCCUCGCGAGAGCGCGGCCCCCUAGCCCCGCGAGAGCUCCGCGCCCGGAGCCGCCCUGCGCCUUAAAGGGGCCGUGCGCCGGGGCUGGGGGCCCCAGGCUCCGCCCUGCCUGCUGCUAG